AUGGCCAGGAAGCUUACUGUCUUGGAAGUCCUUCUGAUCAUCUUCAUCCUGAUUGCAGUAGUUGCAGACAUCCUGUUGCUGCUUCUUGUGUUGGAAGAUCCUUCAGGUUCUUCGUUUACUCCAGAGUGCCCCAAGAUCCCCCAAUCAGAAAGGAUAGACUGCGCACCUCACCAAAUGGUGACAGAGGAUAUCUGCAGAAGGCAGUAUAAGUGUUGUUGGAAUCCUGUGGCAGAUACCAAUGCCCCUCGGUGCUUCUUCCCUAGGAACUGGGGCUACGAAGUCAGCAGUGGCCUUAGAAAUACAACCACAGGGUUUAUUGCCCAGUUAAAAAAGAUACCAUCCCCACCUCUAUUUGGAAAUGAUGUCAGUGAUGCCCUCUUCACAGCUGAAUUGCAGACAUCCAAUCGUUUUCACUUUAAGAUUACUGAUAACAAUGAGAUUCGUUAUGAGGUACCCCAUGAAAUCAUCAAACCCAGUAACGGGACUGCGGAUUCCUCCAGCUUGAGCUACCACAUAGAGGUCACCAAUAAGCCCUUCAGCAUCAAAGUAUUGAGGAUGAGCAACAAAAGAGUCUUGUUGGACACGAGCAUCGGGCCCCUCCAGUUUGCCUAUCAGUACCUGCAGCUGUCUUUCCGCCUACCCAGCACCAAUGUGUACGGGCUAGGAGAGCACGUGCACCGGCAGUACCGCCACAACAUGAACUGGAAAACCUGGCCCAUCUUCACGCGGGACACAGCGCCCACCGCGGGCCUGAUCAAUCUAUAUGGAGCACAUACAUUCUUCUUGUGCCUUGAAGAUGCCAGUGGCUUCUCUUUUGGAGUUUUUCUGAUGAACAGUAAUGCCAUGGAGGUUGCCCUUCAGCCUGCUCCUGCAAUCACUUACCGCACAAUUGGAGGCGUUCUUGACUUUUAUGUGUUUCUGGGAAACACUCCAGAGCAAGUGGUUCAGGAAUACCUGGAGCUUGUUGGGCGACCAUUCUUGCCUUCCUACUGGAGUCUUGGGUUCCAGCUUAGUCGCAGGGAUUAUGGAGGCAUCACUGGGUUGCAAAAGGUUGUGAGCCGAAAUCGUGAAGCUGGGAUCCCAUAUGAUGUCCAGUACUCAGACAUAGACUACAUGGAUGGAGGAAAAGAUUUCACUAUUAAUGAGCAAGCUUACCUCAACCUUUCAGAUUUUGCCAAAGAAUUACAUGGAAAUGAACAGAAAUACAUAAUUAUCAUGAAUCCUGGCAUCUUGAAGAACUCUACCUAUACGACCUACAACAAUGGAAGCAUAAAGAGAGUGUGGGUCUUGGAAAGCAAAGGCUUUGCAGUCGGGGAGGGAUACCCAGGGCAAGUAGUCUUUCCUGAUUUCAGCAAUCCAGUGUGUACCCAGUGGUGGACAGAGGAACUCGCUGACUUUCAUAACCGCCUGGAGUUUGAUGGAGUGUGGAUUGAAAUGGAUGAAGUCUCUAGCUUUCUCCAAGGUUCUAAUCAGCAGUGUGAAUCAAAUAUCUUGAACUUUCCUCCUUUUACUCCCAACAUUGUGGACGGCUUGCUGUUUGCCAGGACCCUCUGCAUGGACACAGAAUUUCACUGGGGCUUUCACUAUGAUGUCCACAGCUUAUAUGGCUACUCCAUGGCAAAAGCUACAGACACUGCUCUGCAGACCAUCUUCCCCAGUAAAAGGAACUUCAUCUUAUCUCGUUCAACUUUCGCUGGAUCUGGCAAAUUUGCUGCUCAUUGGCUGGGAGACAAUGCAGCCACAUGGGAUGACCUCCGGUGGUCAAUCCCCAGUAUCCUUGAAUUCAACCUAUUUGGUAUUCCCAUGGUAGGUGCUAACAUCUGUGGUUACACAAGAAAUGUCACAGAAGAGCUCUGCAGAAGGUGGAUGCAGCUAGGAGCAUUUUAUCCACUAUCAAGAAAUCACAAUGGACCUGGUUUCCGUGACCAGGACCCAGCUGCCUUUGGGUUUGACUCUCUGCUAUUGAAUUCCUCCAGACAUUAUCUGAAUAUCCGCUACAUGUUGCUGCCUUAUCUCUACACCCUCUUCUACCGUGCUCACACUCUGGGGGAGACGGUAACAAGGCCCUUGGUGCAUGAGUUCUACAAUGACCCAAUCACAUGGGAUGUGCAUGAGCAGUUCUUAUGGGGGCCUGGACUCCUCAUCACGCCUGUUUUAUAUGAAGGUGUGGAUCACUUGAAAGUUUACAUACCAGAUGCCAUCUGGUAUGACUAUGAGACUGGAGUGGCUGUUCAAUGGAGGAAGCAGUUUGUGAAUAUGCUGCUCCCAGGUGACAGGAUAGGGCUCCACCUUCGAGGGGGCUACAUAUUCCCCACCCAGCAGCCAAGCACAACCACGGAGACAAGCCGGAAGAAUUCUCUGGGACUCAUUGUUGCCUUGGACUAUAAGAGAGAAGCAAAAGGACAGCUGUACUGGGAUGAUGGUGUGGCGAAAGAUGCUGUAGCUAAAAAGCAGUAUAUUCUGUAUGAUUUCUCUGUUACUUCUAACCGUCUACAAGCAAAGAUUACAAAUAAUAAUUACGUGGACCCCAACAACCUCACAUUUACAAAUAUCAGAAUCCUCGGAAUGGACAAGGAGCCAACUAACUUUACUGUCUUAUCUAACAGUGCUGCCAUCCCCAUUUCAAGCAUUGUCUACAAUGCUUCAAUACAGGUGGUGACCAUCACUGAUCUGAAGGGACUGGCCCUGGGACAAGAAUUCUCUAUCGAAUGGAAUCUGCCAGUCAGUGACCUGGAGAAGUUCAGGUGCUACCCGGAGAAUCCAGUUUCUGAGGAGAGCUGCAGGCAGCAGGGGUGCCUUUGGGAGCACACAACUACUCCUGGCGUGCCCAACUGUUACUAUGACACCAUCCCUCGCUAUGCUGCCAGUAACAUUCAGUACCUGCCCACAGGCAUCACCGCAGACCUUAGCCUCCUGGAGACCCCAGCAUCUACACGAGCAGGAGCAGCUCCACUGUCACCAGAAGCAGCCUCUAUUGUCCCUCUCUCUGGAGAGAUCAGUUCCCUCAAACUGGGUGUGGUCUACCACACAGAGAACAUGGUGCAGGUCAAGAUCUAUGAUUCCACUGAUAAAAGGUAUGAGGUUCCAAUACCUCUGAACACCCCUCCCUCACCAGUUGACUCCCCUGAGAACUGCCUGUAUGAUGUCAGGAUUCAGACCAAUCCUUUUGGAAUCCAGGUUCUACGCAAAAGCUCCGCUACUGUGAUCUGGGAUUCUCAACUCCCUGACUUCACCUUCAGUGACAUGUUCCUUUCCAUUUCCACUCGCCUCCCCUCUCAAUACAUCUAUGGCUUUGGGGAAACUGAGCACACGAUGUUCAGAAGAAACAUGAGCUGGAACACGUGGGGGAUGUUUGCCUGUGAUAAUCCACCAGAGUACAAGAAGAAUUCCUAUGGUGUCCAUCCUUACUACAUGGCAUUGGAAGAAGAUGGCAGUGCCCAUGGAGUGCUCCUGCUGAACAGCAAUGGCAUGGAUGUGACACUCCAGCCCACUCCUGCCCUGACAUACCGCACUGUAGGAGGGAUUUUGGACUUUUAUAUGGUUUUGGGGCCAACGCCUGAGCUUGUAACUCAGCAGUACACUAAGUUGAUUGGUCGACCAACAAUGAUUCCAUACUGGGCCUUGGGAUUCCAGCUGAGUCGCCAUGGAUACCAGAGUGAUUCGGAAAUUUCCAAUUUGUAUGAUGGAAUGGUGGCAGCCCAGAUUCCCUAUGAUGUCCAACAUGUAGACAUUGAUUACAUGGACCGGAAGCUGGACUUCACCCUCAGCCCCAGCUUUCAAAACCUUGGUCUCCUGAUUGAGCAAAUGAAGAAAAAUGGCAUGAGAUUUAUUCUCAUUCUGGACCCAGCCAUUUCUGGCAAUGAGACACAUUAUCUCACAUUCACAAGAGGACAGGAAGACAACGUGUUCAUCAAAUGGCCUGACACCAAUGACAUUGUAUGGGGAAAGGUUUGGCCAGAGCUGCCCAAUGUCAACAUAGAUGAGUCCAUUGACCACGAGACUCAGGUUAAGCUGUACCGGGCCCGUGUUGCUUUUCCUGACUUCUUUCGUAAUAGCACAACUGCGUGGUGGAAGAAUGAGAUACAAGAGCUCUAUGCAAAUCCUCGAGAACCAGAGAAGAGCUUGAAGUUCGAUGGGUUGUGGAUUGAUAUGAAUGAACCAUCAAACUUUGUGGAUGGAUCUGUUGAGGGUUGCCGCAGUGAAAUUCUCAAUAACCCACCCUACAUGCCACUUUUGGAAUCUAGGGACAAAGGCCUGAGCAGUAAGACCCUGUGCAUGGAGAGUGAGCAGAUCCUUCCAGAUGGCUCCCGGGUGCGACACUACGACGUGCACAGCCUGUAUGGGUGGUCCCAGACCAGGCCCACCUAUGAAGCUGUGCAGGAGGUGACAGGACAGCGAGGAAUCGUCAUCACCCGCUCCACAUUCCCCUCUUCCGGCCGCUGGGCAGGACACUGGCUGGGGGACAACACGGCCGCGUGGGACCAGCUGGGGAAAUCGAUCAUUGGCAUGAUGGAGUUCAGUCUCUUCGGAAUUCCUUAUACAGGAGCAGACAUCUGUGGGUUCUCUGGAGAUGCCGAAUAUGAGAUGUGUAUUCGCUGGAUGCAACUGGGGGCCUUUUAUCCAUUUUCCCGGAACCACAACACCAUCGGGACCAGGAGACAAGAUCCCGUAGCCUGGAAUUCAACCUUUGAGAUGUUCUCAAGAAAAGCCCUGCAAACCAGGUACACCCUGCUGCCUUAUCUCUACACUCUGAUGCACAAAGCUCACGCUGAGGGCAGCACUGUCGUUCGACCCCUUCUCCAUGAGUUUACAGAUGACAGAUCAACUUGGGAUAUAGACCGUCAGUUCAUGUUGGGCCCUGCCGUCUUGGUCAGCCCUGUGCUGGAAAGUAACACUUUUGAGGUCAGAGCUUACUUUCCCAGAGCCUGGUGGUAUGACUACAGCACGGAAUCCUGCCAUAAAUCUACAGGUGUUUGGGAGAUACUGAAAGCUCCCCUCGACCACAUCAACCUUCAUGUCAGAGGAGGCUACAUUCUGCCUUGGCAAGAGGCUGCAAUGAACACUUAUUCCAGUCGACAAAAUUUUAUGGGAUUGACUGUUGCUUUAGAUGAGGAUGGGAAAGCUGAAGGUCAGAUAUUCUGGGAUGAUGGACAAAGCAUCGAUACCUAUGAAAAUGGAAACUACUUCCUGGCCGACUUUAUAGCAGCUCAGAAUACCUUGCAAGUCCACGUCAUACACAAUAACUAUUUAAGUGACUCAAAUCCUCUGAAAGUUGGAUAUAUUAAAGUUUGGGGUGUGAACUCUACGUACGUGACACAAGUCAUUUUCACCUAUGACAAUCAACAAUUCAUAGAGACCAACUUGAAGAGUGACCCUUCCAAUCAGACACUAAUUAUCCAAUUAACUGACAAGAAUAUCAACCUGGAAAAAUUAACUGAGGUUAUUUGGACUCAUGAUGAUCCUGUAGUUACCACUUCAACUAUGACAAGUGCCAGCCCCAGGAGUACCCACCCACCUCCAUCUACUACUGAGGCCACCAGUGCUGAGACUAUCACUAGUUCCAGUAGUGCAAACGCUGCUGGAGUAGUGAGCACUACUGUCACUGUUCCAAUCACAAGCACACCUUCUGCAAGUUCUACUCAGGUUGCCACUACUCCUACUGUUCCCGAUACAACCACUCUAUCCCCUCCAUGUACUACUACCACAACAGCUACUGCCACUGUCCCUGUCACAUCCACACAUUAUACACCAACAAAUACUACCAACGUCACCACUAGUACUACUACCCCUGAUACUACUCCUUUCCCCACUCCUGUGAGCACUAGUAGCACUCGUGCUACUGUUCCUGCCAGCACCAUUCCUUUACCAACAAAUUCUACCAACGUCACCACUAGUACUACUGUCCCGGAUACUACUCCUUUCCGCACUCCUGUGAGCACUAGUGCUACUGUUCCUGUCAGCACCGUUCCUUCCCAAACAAAUACCACCAAUGUCACCACUAGUACUACUGCCCCUGAUACUAGUCCUUUCCCCACUCCUGUGAGCACCAGUGCUACUGGUCCUGUUAGCACCUUUCCUUCCACAACAAAUACCACCAAUGUCACCACUAGCACUACUGCCCCUGAUACUAGUCCUUUCCCCACUCUUGUGAGCACCAGUGCUACUGGUCCUGUUAGCACCUUUCCUUCCACAACAAAUACCACCAAUGUCACCACUAGCACUACUGCCCCUGGUACUACUCCUUUCUUCACUCCUGUGAGCACUAGUGCUACUGUUCCUGUCAGCACCAGUCCUUCCCAAACAAAUACUACCAACGUCACCACUAGUACUGCUACCCUUGAUGCUACUCCUUUUCCCACUCCUGUGAGUACCAGUGCUACUGUUCUUGCCAGCACCAUUCCUUUCCCAACAAAUACUACCAAUGUCACCACUAGUACUACUGCCCCGGAUACUACUCCUUUCUCCACUCCUGUGAGCACCAGUACUACUAUUCCCAAUGUUACUGUUCCUGUCAGCACCAUUCCUUCCCCAACAAAUACUACCGACGUCACCACUAGUACUACUACCCCUGAUACUACUCCUUUCUCCACUCUUGUGAGCACUAAUGCUAUGAACACUACUGAUGUGAUAACUGCUCCUACAAGUUCUGAUGUUGCUAAUACUACCACUGAUGUUUCUACUACAAAUUCUUCUUCCCUUAUUAUGUCUGCUGGUGAUGGCCCUAGUAGUGCUGUUACUCCAAUCACUACUGUUUUUGGUAAUAUUGUUCCUGUCGUGACUACUUCUCUUUCUUCAAAUACUCAUGGUAUCAGUACAAGUAAUACUGUCAUUGUCAUGACUACUGAGUAUGAAAUUGUUCCCAUUACUCCUACCUAUACUAUCACUUCUGUUCUAAAGUCUACUACAAAUAAUACCCCUACUAUUGAUACUACUGAUUUUACUACCUAUACUAAUGAAAAUACCACUAAUUUCAACACUUUGGAUACAAAACCUACCAUGAAAAUAGAUGCUAACAUUGCUACUACUGCAACAUCAGCCUUGAGCCACACAACACUAAUUCUCACACACAAUGCUAACCCAGGCAUCAGUAGUACCAUGGCACAACCAUUUCAGCCACUACUGUGGAACUGUGGAUAUAUAUAUAUAUAUAUAUAUAUAUCCCUGCUACAGACUUCACACAUAAUCUCAGAAUCUCAGACACAUCCACAUUAGGCUCCAAACACUAUUGCUACAGAUGUAGUUAUUGAAAACUCAACAUGUUUCUUGAGUUACAAGACAUGAUACAAUAUCUGAGAGCAGUAUGAUGCUCAUGGAAUUAAAUCACCUCUCCAACAACAGUUAUUAACAUAACAGAUUAUUUAAUUGCUGAUGCUAAAAUAGCACUUUAUUUUCCUAUAGACUUUUCCAAAUACCAAGGGUACCUGUGUCAUAAUUUGUCAUUACACACACUAAAAGUAUUAUUGCCUCUGAAGAGACUCUAGCUUUUGCUACAGAUAUGGAAAAUGCUACCACUGAAGAUUUUGUAAAUAUCUUGACUUCGGGCACUGAA